AUGCCAUUGAAGGCUGUUACUGCGUUCGCAACGACGGCUGAGAGUGCCAGGACGCGUCACGCUGGUGAAUCGAAGGGGUUUAUGGAGGAGGUGAGGUUUGUGGCAAUGAAAUUGCAUGCGAAGGAGCAGGCUAAGGAGGAAGAAAAGCGUGCCGGUCAGACUGAGGAGCAAUCAUUGGAUAAGUGGGAACCCACAACUGAGGGAUAUUUGAGGUUUCUUGUGGAUAGCAAAUUGGUCCAUGAUACACUGGAGAAGAUCGUCGAUAAUGCUUCUUUUCCGGCUUAUUCUGAAUUCAGAUAUACAGGAUUGGAAAGAUCUGCGAGUUUGGCAAAAGAUCUGGAAUGGUUCAGGGAGCAAGGUCAUACCAUUCCAGAACCUUCUUCACCUGGUCUUACUUAUGCACAGUAUCUUAUUGAGGUAUCUGCGAAGGAUCCCCAGGCCUUUAUUUGUCACUUCUACACCAUAUACUUUGACCAUUCGGCCGGUGGAAGGAUGAUUGGGAAGAAGGUAGCUGAGAAGAUACCUAACAACAAGGUGUUGGAGUUCUAUAAAUGGGAAGGUCAGAUUUCCCAGCUGUUACAGAAUGUGAGGGACAAGUUGAAUAAAGUUGCAGAAGGAUGGACCAGAGAAGAAAAGAAUCAUUGUUUGGAAGAAAUUGAAAAAUCAUUCAAGCUUUCACGCGCGGUUCAGGGUCUGACAUAUUGGGUUGCUUCUCUGCCUCCAUGA